AUGUCAUCCACAUCCGUAGCAGAGGGCGUUUCGCCCCCUUUCGGUGCUGGAGGUACGGAUGCUGCUGCUGCGGCGGCUUCCGCUGGGCUACUCCAGGUGAAGAACAUCAUUCUCGUUCUUAGCGGAAAGGGCGGCGUUGGGAAGUCGACUGUGGCGUGCCAGCUCGCCCUCGCGUUGGCGCAUGUGCACCACAAGCAGGUGGGACUGCUGGACGUGGACAUAUGCGGCCCAAGUGUGCCCAAGAUCUGCGGCCUCGAGGGGUGCGACGUGUACAAAGGGGAGAAGGGCUGGAUGCCGGUGUCGUCGCAGCCGAAGGCAGCCACCUCCGGCAGCCCCGGCUCCUCUCCCGGCGCGGUGGCGCCAUCGGGGGACUUGAAGGUCAUGUCCAUUGCGUACUUGCUUCCGAGCGAUAAGGACGCGGUGGUGUGGCGCGGGCCGAAGAAGGAUGCCAUGAUCAAGCAGUUUGUGACGAACGUGAACUGGGGCCCGCUGGACUACCUCAUCAUCGACACCCCGCCCGGGACGAGUGACGAGCACCUGACGCUGUGCGAGGUGCUGCGCAGCUUCCGCCCUGCCGGGGCCGUCGUCGUGACCACCCCACAGGACGUUUCCACCGACGAUGUCAAGAAGGAGCUGUCUUUCUGCCACAAGCUGCAGCUGCGGUGCCUCGGCAUCGUCGAGAACAUGUCCGGCUUUGUCUGCCCGCACUGCGCGCACUGCACCGACAUCUUCUCAAAGGGCGGCGGAAGAAAACUGGCGGAGAUGUACGAGGUGGCGUUCCUCGGUGCGAUUCCCAUUGACCCGAACUUGUCUCUGGCUGAGGACAUGGGUCGUGUCUUCGUGACGGAGUCUCCGUCGAAGACCGUGGAGGCGGUGAAGGCGGUCAUUGACGCAAUUGUCCAGCAGGUCGAGCGUGCCAAAGCGUGA